AUGUUCACCAAAUUGAUCUGCAUUGCCACCCUGGCCAUUUCGUGCGUUUGUGCUGCGCCAGGAUAUGCUCCCGUUGCCUACUCUGCCCCACUGGUGGCGGCUCCAGCUCAAGGUGUCCUGACCACCCAGAGUGCCCAGGUCGUCGGCCGCAGUUACGCAGGAAUUGCUCCUCUGGCCUACGGCGCAACCGUUGCUGCUCCAUUGGCAUACUCUGCCCCAGCCGUGGCUGCUGCCACUCCUCUGGCCUACAGUGCUGCUGCUGUUACUCCAUUCGCUCGUGCCAUCGCUUCUCCCUACGCGGCUGCCUACUCCGCAGCUCCAUAUGCCGCUCCGUUCGCAUCUCCAUAUGCUGCCUACUCCACUGCUCCUUAUGCCGCUCCAUUCGCGUCUCCAUAUGCUGCCUAUCGUUACAGCCCGUACGUGCUGUAAAUGGUUGA